AUGGAGUCAGCGAAGAAAUCCCUGCACGAGCUGAAUGCUUCUGCCCAACAGGUCGAGAACAUCGUCGAAGAUGGAUUCGAGAAGUCUGAUCCAGCAUUUGAAGCGGCUACCAAAGGCCAAAUUACCACUGGAUAUGAAGGGUUGGGUGCUUUGGAGACCAUCAAAACAUUCAAGUUUUGCACUCUCGUUUGCUUCGCAAUGGCUUUCAGCGCAGCAACUGAUGGAUAUCAAAUCGGAAUUAAUGCUAGCGUGAUUGCAAACACUGGAUUUGUCGCACGCUUUGCCACCAGUAUCGGUAAAAAUGGAAAGCCUGCGCUUGAAUCACCCAUCCUCAGCGGCUGGAGCUCGAUUAUGUCCUGCGGCCAAAUCGUCGGGAUGACUACUUUGCCAUUCAUCUCCAGCAGGUAUGGCAGAAAGGUCGCUAUGUACACCUACUGGGUGAUCUUGGUGGGAAGCGUGCUCACUGAGUGUCUUGCGAGAUCAUGGCAAGGCUGGCUUGUCGCUAAGCUCCUCGCGGGAAUUGGUGUUGGAUGCCUGCAGUCAACUGUGCCAACAUAUAUCUCUGAGGUUGCUCCGACACGAAUUCGUGGAGGCUUGUUGAUGUGUUAUAGCUUCUGGUGGACACUGGGGUCAUUCUUUGCCCAAGUCGCUCUUCAACAUCUCUCGAGAGACAACCCGACCAACUACCUGACGCCUAUCUACACUCAGUGGGCUCAGAUUGGCAUCAUGUUUUUGAUCUACAUAUUCGUACCGGAAUCUCCCGCCUGGUGUGUGAAUGCCGGCAAGCAUGGUCGAGCCAAGAAGCAACUUCUCAAGCUCAACCGCGGUGUACCAAAUUAUGACUUGGAGCGACAAUUCCAAGUUUUGGUCAUGGCUGUUGAACACGAGCGAGAGGUUGCAGCUGAGCAGCGACGCGAAAAGUGGUAUGGAAUUUUCCAGGGCACAAAUGGCCUGCGCACUGUUAUCUCAUUCUGGACAAACCUCACCCAACAGUUGAUCGGUCUGAGUCUCUUUGGAACAUUUGGGACAUACUUCUUUCAACAGGCUGGAUUGGCAGAUCCUUUCAAAAUCAAGGUCAUCACCAACUCGAUCCAGAUUGCAACUGUGAUCGUGAUCAUCCUUAUCGCCGAUCGUAUUGGAAGAAGGUUGCUCGCCUGUUCGGGCACAACACUCUGCUGGGUAUCAUGUGUUGCAAUCGGCAUUAUUGGAGUCUGCCCUCAGGUGAAGGCAUCGACCUAUAUCUUCAUUCUGUUCGCCUGUCUAUGGAGUGAGUACCAUUGUGUCCCUGAUAUAUAG